AUGGGAGCGGUCAAGUGCAAGAGUUUGGAGGUAAUUCGCUACAUAGAGUCAUUGUAUCCCGAGCGAUACAACUGGGUCUACUUGUUCCACGCGUCACUGGCAGCCGGCGCCAUUGAGAUAACGAAAUACAUUCUCGAGAAGAACCGACUGGGAACACUGACAUUCAGUGUCGGUAUGAUUAAAUCGAAUUUCAAUGAGAUGUUCUACCUCUGUUUGAAUGCGGGUGUCGCUCUUCAGCUGGGGACACACGACGAUCUGCUCGAUGCAGUCGUGGGCAAAUGCAGUCUGGAAGUGGUACAGUAUCUCAGUCCUAAAAUCUCAGUUUCAUCGCCAGCCGUCAUGGAUUUGGCUGCUGCCGACGGCAACUUGGCAAUCGUCCAGUGGCUACACCAGAACCGCACUGAAGGUUGUACGAAUAAAUCGAUCCAAGAGGCGGUAGUUCGUGGUCAUAAGGAAAAUAGGAAUAGUUAUGAAAUGGUAUUGACUAAUCCAACAAGAUUCAAUGAUAUCUAUGAGUUGCUAAAGAGUGAUUCUAUUCAAGGUGAAACUGUAUUGCUUUUAGUUGCAAGAGAUUGUGAUUCUCUUGCUGCAUGUAAAAUAUUCUCUCCAGUAUCUGGUUUAACAGAUUUAGAAUAUGUAAAUGAACAUAUGCUAGUUGAAAAUGAAGAGCUGAAAACAAUUGUAAUGAUAAAUUGUGGUGGUAAUAUCGAUAUUGAAUCAGUGUUUACAAACUUGAAUACCAAUCAAUUGGUGUAUAUCAUCGAUAGUCAUAGACCAUACAAUAGAAACAAUAUUGAAAAUCAAACCAAUGCAAUCAUCAUUGACGAUGGAACUUAUGAAGAGGAAGAAGAAGAAGAAGAUGGUGAUGGAGAUGAAGAUGACAACGACGGUGACGAUGAAGAAGAUAUAUAUGAUGAGAAUGAUGAUGAUAUUUAUGAUGACGAUGAAGCAGAGGAAGUUGGAGCCGACGAGGAAGAUGAAGACGAUGGAGAAAAGGAGGACGAUGACUACGACGGUGAGAAUGUAUAUAACAGCGAUGAAGAUAACGAUGAACAAGUUUUUGGUGGAGCAAAAGAUAAGAGAAAGAAUAAUUCCGAUGAGGACAAUGACAAUGAGCGUCCAUCGAUGAAAAAGAAAAAGAAAAACACUCCAAAGAAAAAUAAAAAGAAAACAAACAGCAACAACAGCAACAACGGAAAUUGUGCUUCCACUAUGAUGUAUCAUCUAAGUACUGUUCUUAUGAAGGAGUCCCUCGAUGGCAUACUGUGGUACUCGCUUCUCGGACUGACCGACCAGCUUGUCCACGAGAGGGUGUCACUCGAAGACUACGGCAUGGAAUAUAAAUAUUUUAAAUCGCUGGUUGCCAAUAACUAUCCGUCCGAUGAGGAAGUUGCCAACGGUCGAGCAACGGUACAAGGCGAUCGCGUUGUCCACUCGGAGGACUACCGCUUCAUGCUGUAUCGCCACUGGAAUCUCUAUGACAGUCUCUAUCACUCCAAGUAUGUCGCGUGUAACUUGAGAGCCUGGAAAGCAAAGGGACGAUAUCUCUUGGAGACUCUGUUUGCCCUGAUGGGACUACCACUGGACCAGGCCAAACAAAAGUACAUCUCGAUGAGUGCUCCCUACAAAACCAGUCUGAAACGCCAGCUUUCCAUACACGCACCGAAAUUCGGACUGGACAAACUCUACUUUCCUUCGUUCUCCAAGAAAUACGAAUGCUCCAUUGAAUUGUCCGCAUCGGAUAUGAUCUACGCGCUCACAGCCCUCUUGGAAUCCGACAACCUCGAAGACGAUAUCUCCGACUCUGAGGCUUGGGAACAGAAUUUUUGGGAAGCAUACGAUGCACUUUCAAAUAAAAAUAUUGAAUUACUCAUGGAGGGGUUGAAACAAGCGAUCGUUCUCCAAAAGGAAAUUACAAGACGUGUUGCCAGUAUGAUUGAGAAGCGUAUCGUUGUUUUGUCCGGUCCAUUUAGAUAUGCUCUACUCACUGAGACUUCGGAUAUCAAAUAUUUCAUACACCCAAUGGCACUCACAAAACUUGGUCUAUUCAUGAUCGAUGCUUUAACAGCAAUGAAGAAACAACCUAAACCAUUCUUAAUUGGUGCACUCAAUGAAAAGAAAGGAAAUUAUUUGAUUGUUGGUAUCUCUGGAUCACUUAGUACUGAACAACAAGCAAAUGAAUUUGGUGUAAACUUUAGAGCAGCAGCUGAAAUGACCAACUCUCCAUUGAAAUAUCAAUCAUUCGACACUGCAGUUGUUGAAAUCGGUAAAUUAGAUAUGCCCAAGUUCAUUGAACAACUUCAUACCAUGUCAUCACCUAAUGAUGAUCAAGAUGAUAUUUAG